AACAGCUGCAGUCAGUUUGUUUUGACUCUUCGCGCGGAGAGCUUGCUGCUUGUCCGUUUAUUUUACGUUAAUGUUUACGCGCUUCUCUACCCUGUGUUUUCCCACUCAUCCCUUCGCUUUGCUACAGGAUUUCGCCCAUCAUGUCCACUACUGUGCCUCCAAAAUUCCGUAGUGCCGUUGCGUGCGUGCGUUUCAGUUGAUUAUCCGGCGGACCCCGAUUUCCGUGACACAGUUACCCUGUCCCUGUAAGUGCAUCCCUUGCCCGUGAGAUCCUCGGUGCUAAUGCCGCUUCUUUUUCGGUGAUAACGAAUCGCCUCCCCCCGUUCAGUGCAGUGCAUACAAAUUUAGAUAAUUCGUUAGGAAUUUAUGUUGUAGUUUUAUCCUAAGUUUUGUUAUUGUUAGUUCCUGUGUUUUUUUUUUAUAUUGGGCGUAAGGAUACCUCUAAAAUCAAGAUGGCAAAUACGGUGCUUCUCGAGUCGCGAUCCUUCAGACCGUUCAAAUCCAGUGAGGAGUAUCUAUGGGCCAUGAAAGAGGAUUUGGCCGAAUGGCUCAACGGUCUUUACCCAGAGUUGUACAUGAAUGUAAAUAAUUUUAUGGACAGACUUGACACAGGCGUCGCUCUAUGUCGGCACGCGAUCAACGUGCGGAAAUACGCGGAGGAAUACGUGCAACGGCGACAGGCGGCCGGUAAGUCGAAUCACAUAAUCGCGGUGCAGGUCCUGAACUUGGCCAACACGAAGUACCUGCCGGGAGCCAAACCAGGGACCUUCUUCGCCCGGGACAACGUCUCCAACUUCAUCUCGUGGUGCCGCAACGGCCUCGGCGUCAUCGAGUGCCUCCUCUUCGAGACCGACGACCUCAUCCUCCGCAAGAACGAGAAGCAUGUCAUCCUCUGUCUCCUCGAGGUCGCUCGGCGGGGGGCGAAACUGGGGAUGCCGGCCCCGAUGUUGGUGCAGCUGGAGCGGGAGAUCGACCGGGAGAUCGCCAACGACAAACGAAAACACGGCAACAACUGCCAGUUCGAGUUCACCGUUGACGAGGACGUUGACGAUUACAGCGACGAUGACCAGCCCAUCGAGUACGGACCACAGCCGCAGAUCGUCACCAACGACCUCAAGAGCCUCGACGAAAUGGUUCGAGAGCAAGUGGAGAAAUGUCGCUGCCCUACUCAGUUCCCGAUGAUCAGAGUUUCAGAGGGAAAAUACCGCAUAGGAGAUACGAAAGUUUUAAUCUUCGUCCGAGUCCUCAGGAGUCACGUCAUGGUGCGUGUUGGCGGGGGCUGGGACACUCUGUCUCACUACUUGGAUAAACACGAUCCUUGCCGUUGCAAGUCUGCACAUCGAGCCACAACUUCAGCUAAAGUUGUCGGAAUCAAAAGUGGAGGUCCAGCUUUGGAGCUCAAUAACGCACAAGUUCACUACGAACGGUCACCACCCCGAACACGCCGGUCCUCGACCUCCAGCGUGGGCUCCGGCGGGACCCCGUCGACGAACCUCACCCCCGGCGUGCCGAACCACACCCAAGCCCGCGCCCGGAACCGCAGCCGCUCGCCCACCCCGAAACCAACCUCGGCCCCGCGACAUUCCCUCUCUCUCGGCACCCGCGCCUCCAUGGACGCCGGCCGGCGCAGCCGCAGCCCCACCCCGCGCAACACCCGCCCCUCCGGCCCGACCCUCGCCACCGCCGACCGCGCCUCCCGCCCCCGCUCCAAGUCGCCCCUCCCGCAGACCGAGAACUUCACCAUCCUCUCGGAGAAGGCCGCCACCAAGCUGGGUGCCCCCAGGAGUCGGAGCCCUUCGGCCCAGGGGAAGCGCAGCCGCUCGCCCUCGGUCCAUAGGGACAGGAGUGACAGCUACCAGGUCAAGGAUAGGUCCAGGACCCCCAGCUUGCAUGACCCUGACUUCCUGGGGCAGUAUAUUCAGCGACCUGAGCAUAAGUACGAGUAUGGAAUCGAUGAGACGCCCUUCCCCAAGAUCUCCGAUAACUUCGUCAACGAGGACUUCCGUAAGGUGACCCCCCUGCGGGAGCGGAACAGCAUCGACGAGGGGCGGAACCGCCGCAACUCGCAGGACCCGAAGGGCGUGGACACGUCGCCGGCGCACCGCGUCUCGGACAACUUCAUCGGGACCUCGCAGUACCACUUCCUGAACCCGAACCCGGUGAAGGAGAACCGGCGGAGCGCCUCCCCGAUCCGCGAGACCUCGGGGGUGGACUACUCCCCGGCCGCCGUCCGCGUCUCGGACAACUUCGUCAACCACCCCCAGAAGACGGGCGUCAAGAAGGCCGCGCCGAGCAAGAGCCCCCGGAAGUCCAUCUCCAAGAGCUCCGACGACGACCCCAAGAGCGACGCCCAGCUGUCCGAUCACUCGGACGAGGGAUACCGGAGCCUCGGGCUUGUGCCCGCGAAUGCUGCUACCCCGAAAAAUGGUUCACCAAAACGGCCAGCCCGGACGACCCGGAGUCGCUCGGUGGGCGGCGUCCACUCCUCGCCGACGCACCAGUCCCCGGCCCACCAGACCCAGUCGCCCUUCCGCCGCAACGCCUCGACCAACCGGUCGGCCCGAUCCGCGGGCUCCUUCAGCAACCCCAGCUCCCCGAGCAAGGCCUCCAAGACGCCCUGCGACGCUCACCCCGGCCUCGGGCGGAAGCAGAAGAGCUCCCUGACCGAGGACACGUUCUGCCAGCAGGUGGCCGACAUCAUGCAGCAGUACGCCGCCAUGAUGCCCUCCCCGAGGAAGGACUCCAAGCCCGACUGCGGGAUCAUCACCAGGAUCCCCGCGCCCGUCGCCGGCAACAAGUCGUGAGAGUUCGCCCUCCUGUCGACCUUGGUCAAGUACUCGCCCUUCGUCCUCCUCUUCUUCUCUAACCUCUGUUUGCUCAGGGUGUCGGUCUUUCUUCUGGGCAAGUGAGCUCGUGCAUUGCGGAUCCGGAGCCUCGUUGUUGAAAUCCAUGUCGACGCGAUGAGACAUCGGAAGUUGACGUAUUACACACGAAGAAAAAUCUAUGGCUUUAUGCUGCCGUGCUAAGGAGGAACGCCGUAUGAACAUUCGAGAGUUGCCAAAUUUCC